AUGUGUGCACUAUCUCUUUUUCUGUGGGUGCAAAGACUAGAUAUUGACGAGAUGGCUUUCUCCGCACUGAGUGCAGGGCCUGAUGCAGAUAUAAAGAGCUUUAAUGAAAUUGGAGAGUGCUUGGCUGAUUUUAUUAUGGGGAAAAGAGAAGGGUUUUUUCUGAGAAAAACACUGGACUGCAAAUCAAAUAAAAAGAUCAGAAUUCUAGAAACAUUAAAAGACGUACUCUCUUGCAUAAAAAGGUGCACAGAGACACCAUUUAACUCCCAAAGGGCAGAGUGCAUCCGCAGAAGUGCUAUUUUUCAGUAUCUUGCAACAAAGGGCCGCAGUAUAGCAGAGGGAUACUUUACUCGAUCCAAAGCACUAGAGAGCAAAAAUCUCCAGAAUACUCAAGAAAACAGCGCAUUUAUUGAAAGCAGACAGGCUGAGUCUAGAAUAGGCCUGGUGAGUUGCAGAAAGGUGUGCGAUAAAGAUGCAAUUUGGACUGAGCUUGUUAGAAAGAAAACAACCAUGCCAUACUGUGCUGAUUUUCUGCAAAAGUGCAAAGAGAAAACCAAAGUGUCUGCAGCCACUGCUAUAUCUUUCCAAGAAAUAGACGCAAACAUAGAGUAUGACUUGUGCAUUGCAAAAUACUAUAGCAUUGUCAAUAAACAGAACGGCUCUGGGUCUCUAUUUCUUAGUGAUGCGUCACACAGCUCUAAUGUACACACACAGGGGCCGUACUUUUACAAAUUUAAACUGAAUAAAUAG